AUGUCUUUACCUUACCCUUGGAAACUAGAAUUUGAUCCAAGCUUACAGCAACACUAUUACACAAACAUGGAAGAUGGUACAAUAAGCUUUGAUUCUCCUUGUGAAGUGUAUCAUCGCAAGCAGAAACAGCAAAAUUUAUCUACAAUCUUGGGUAUAAAGAGGAGGUUAUCCAAUAAUUCUAAUAACAAUACAAAUGGUGCAUUCAAGGCUGCUAACAAAAACCUUACCCUAUUGCAGAGGUUCAAAUCUUGUACCAGAUGGAAAAGCAAUACUAGUGUAAAGCAAAACGAGGCUAUCAAAGUACAGGUGAAGAACAUAGAGAACUCUGAGGAGGACUCUUUGAACAAAUCAACUAGUCCAAUAGAUACAGUGGAUGGCACAAUACAGGGGGUUGACGAGCACUAUUUGCUUAAUAACGACAAGUUUAACCAUUUCAAGAAUUUUGCAGGUACUAGUAUAGACGACCAGAGAGAGCCAAGGGUGGAGGGUCAAGCUCAUGAGGAAAACGAGGAGUUGGUUUCUUAUAAUAGUGAAGAGGAGCCUGAAUACGAAUACGAAUACGCAUAUAAUGAUUACAACGACGACGUUGGUGAGACUAUGCAAAAUCAAGUCAGACCAUUUAACUACAAGUACAUAUACGAUUCUUACGGCGAUUAUGAAGGAGACGACAAAAGUUUUGAUUUCAACAAUAGCUUUCAAGUAUAUGAUUUUGAUAAAGAGAAUGAGAGAAGAGAAUUGAGACUACAAAUGUUAAAGGAAUUGUAUUGA